AAAACUUUAAUUUAAAAACGGAAUUGUCAAAGUCAAAAAAAAGGUUAUAAUCUGCACUAGAAGCUUCAUUUUCAUCAAAGAUAAAGAAGAAUAAUGAACAUUUGCAUUGAACAUUCUCUCGGAAUCCUGUGCAGAUGCAAAGAAUACAAGAAUGUAGUUGAAACAUUAAACAUUUUUAAAACAAGAAUUAUAAAUCCUUAUCUGCCGAAGUUUUCCACAGAUCUGCCCUCAAUGAAGAUUGUGUGGGUUCUUAGAAAAACUGAGACAAACGUAAACCCAACAAAACCUGUUAUUGAGUAUUUUAUAAAAGAAGCGAACAAAAUUGAUUCAUGUCUCUCAGAAACGGAAAUCCAAAAAUGGAUACCUCAAAAUAACCUUUUUUCGCCAAAGAAAUUACCUGAAAAUCUGAGUUUCCACCAUCAAGGAGACUUGACUACAGGAUCCACGGAAAUUAACACUUUAACUGAUAUGUUACCACAUCGAGGUCACCCUGUAAAAAGAAAAGACAUUGAUUGGAGUGUUGGAUCACAUUUGACUCCAGUGGAAAUGACAGACGAACCAGAAACAAAAUUUAGAUCAGUUAAAGGUUGUUUCACCAUCUGGGCAGAAUCUUUAAUUCUCUCCACUGGAAAAUAUCCAUACUAACUUAAUAAAAGCUUUAAACUUUAUAGGGCGAAUGAAAAAAAAACGGGAAUUUCGGCUCGGGGCCAUUUAUAAAUUACGUAACAGCUUUUUUGGAGAGAGAGUUUG